CUCAUACCAUACCAUGCCAAGCAUUUCCCUGCACGUGGCCCCGUGUAAUUGUCAGCAACAACCCCUGGUUUCUUUCUUUGGUCAAAUCUCGAAAGGAAGGCUCGGCAAUCUUGAAAGGAGGAUGAAGCACAGCAUUGAAUCCUGGGAACUGAAGAGUAUCAAUGCGAAGAACAGAAAGUCGUUCUCGCAGAUUUAACACUUUCGGUUUUGAAACUGAAACAUCCACUUUUCAGCCUUCAUCUUACUCCUCUCCUUCCUGCCUUUCACCAUGAACACAGACAGCAGCAACAGCAAGGACAAUAACAUCAGAAACAUCAACAGGCGAACUCAAGCCUUAAAUUCUACAAAUCCCAUUUCGCUACGCGCUUUGACAAUCCUGAUCAUCUUGUUUCUCACCUUCAUUCCCCAUACCGCCCUCAAAACGCCACCCCCUUUGCCCAUUUUACCCCUCCCUUCUGCUCCUCAGCUCCAAUGGCAACUCUCUUCGAUGGCACUCUUUCUCCACUUUGGACCCAACACCUUCACUGACUCGGAGUGGGGCACAGGGCAUGCCAGCCCGUCUGUAUUCAACCCUACCCGACUAAAUGCUUCCCAGUGGGUGCAUGUAGCCGAGGAAGCUGGGUUUUCCAGGGUGAUCCUUACAGCAAAGCACCAUGAUGGCUUCUGCUUGUGGCCAAGUGAAUACACGGAUUAUUCUGUGAAGGCGAGUCCUUGGAGAAAUGGGAAGGGCGAUGUUGUUGCUGAGCUGGCUAUGGCUGCUAAGGAAGCUGGGGUAGCUUUGGGGCUUUAUUUGUCUCCAUGGGAUAGGCAUGAGAAUUGCUAUGGGAAGACUGUGGAGUACAAUGAAUUCUAUAUGGGGCAGAUGGCUGAGUUGUUGUCUAGGUGUGGAGAUAUCAAGGAAGUAUGGUUGGAUGGAGCAAAAGGGGAGGGGGAAAAAGAUAUGGAGUAUUAUUUUGAUGCUUGGUUUAGUCUUAUUCGUCAGCUCCAACCAGGGGCUGUUAUCUUCUCUGAUGCUGGUCCUGACACCAGGUGGAUUGGCGAUGAGGCUGGCGUUGCUGGUUCUAGUUGUUGGUCUCUUUUCAAUCGAAGCAAUGCAGAAAUUGGUGGAACUGAUCCUCAAUACUCUCAAGGAGGAGACCCUCAUGGUCAUGACUGGGUACCUGCGGAGUGUGAUGUCUCAAUCAGGCCUGGUUGGUUUUGGCAUGCAUCUGAAGUUCCAAAGUCAGCAUUGAAGCUUCUUGACAUAUACUACAGGUCAGCUGGUCGAAAUUGUCUUUUGCUGCUAAAUGUGCCUCCAAAUUCAUCAGGUCUUAUUUCGGAUGAAGAUAUUCAAGUGCUCCAAGAAUUCAAGGAGCUUCGGAGGUCCAUAUUCUCAGAUAAUUUGGCCAAGACUGCUAUCCUAAAUGCCAGCAGUAUACGUGGAGGCAAUGAUAAUUCUCAAUUCAGCCCCUAUAAUGUACUUGAAGAAGGUAUUUACACCUAUUGGGCUCCUGAAGAGGAUCAAUCUGAUUGGGUCUUAUAUUUAAACCUUCAAGAAUCAGUAUCAUUCAAUGUCUUGCAAGUUCAAGAGCCAAUUCACAUGGGACAACGUAUCAUCGAGUUCAAUCUUGAGAUCCUGAAUGGAGGUGGAUGGAAGAAAGUGAUUAGUGGCACCACAGUGGGAUAUAAGAGGUUGCUGCAAUUUCCAACAGUUAAAUCUCAGUACCUGAAGUUUGUUAUCAGCGAGUCUCGGGCAGAUCCUCUUAUUUCAUUUCUGGGGAUCCAUAUGGACCGAUUCUCCAUUCUCAACCACGCAUUUGAUACAACCUCACAAGCACACGUCAAUGGUAGUCAAGUCCUUCAGCAAGUUGCAUACAAUCAUAACCAAACUGCCACCAUAUAGUCUAUGUAAUUUCAAGCUACCACUUUUGUGCAGAGAAGUGUUUAAAACUAUAAGCAUUUUUUUGUUUCAUACAAUCAUCCCUCCCGAUGGUUUAAUAUGGCCAUGUUGUGCUAGUUAGUGUCAUGAAAAAGAGGCAAUGUUCCAAUUAUGUUCUAUUUUGUUACA